UCAAACCAAUGAGAUUAGCAAACAACGUCUGCCGGAUAGCGCAGUGUUAUGCUAAAACUGGUCAAGCUGAUAAGGCCAAGGAAUAUGCUGCGAAGGUGCUUGAAUUUACUGAGACAGAUGAAGAAACGAAAGAGUACAACGAGGAUGGCUGCUACCUGCUUGAAGUUCAAAUCACCGGCUGGGUCUUGCAAGAAAUCGAGAUUACGGAGGCCAAAUCUCACCUCAAGUUUUGCCUCAGCAGUCCAUGUAGCUCCUCUGGUAAACAGAACGUGGCGACUGCAAUCUGUUACUACUGUAUUGAAAUCAGAUUUGUACGAUCACCCAGACCGAGUGCAUUCAUAUCAGCUCAAUGUUCCGUAGCUGAAUUCGUGAUGGCAGAUUGA